AUGUCUGGCCGCGGCAAGGGCGGGAAGGGCCUGGGCAAGGGCGGCGCCAAGCGCCACCGCAAGGUGCUGCGCGACAACAUCCAGGGCAUCACCAAGCCCGCCAUCCGGCGGCUGGCCCGGCGCGGCGGCGUCAAGCGCAUCUCCGGCCUCAUCUACGAGGAGACCCGCGGGGUGCUCAAGGUGUUCCUGGAGAAC